AUGGCGAAAUCAUCAAAACGCAGCGUCGCCAACGGAAGCAGCAGCAGCAGCAACAACAAGAACACGAAGAAGAAGAAGAUGAACAAGACGGGUCCCGAAGGUGUGGCGAUGAAAGCAAAGGCUCCUAAGGCGAACGUCAACCCUUUCGAGUCUAUCUGGACGCGUAAGAAGUUCGACAUAUUAGGCCAAAAGCGUAAAGGAGAAACCAAACGGACGGGGUUGGCUCGUUCCACUGCUAUUGAGAAGAGGAAGAAGACGCUUCUUAAGGAGUAUGAGCAGAGUACCAAAUCUUCACAGUUUGUUGAUAAGCGAAUCGGCGAGAAUGACGAAACAAUUGAUGAUUUUGGAAAAGCUAUUAUGAGAUCGCAGCGAGAACGCCAGUUGAAUUUGAAGUUAAGUAAGAAAAGCAAGUAUAACUUGUCAGAUGGAGAAGAUGAUGAUGGGUUUGAAGGAAUUGAUACUCUUGGAGGGGAUGACUAUGAGGAUGAUAUGCUUGAUGAAGAUGAUAAUGAUGAAACAUAUAAAAGAUCCGAUUUGGGUCAGCAUCUUAAUGCUCAUGGUAUGCAGAGUCCAGGGGAAACUGAUGGAGCAGAUGGUGGGGAAAAUAGACGUAAAACCAAGAAGGAAGUGAUGAAUGAAAUUAUCGCGAAAAGCAAGUUUUACAAGGCUCAAAAAGCAAAAGAUAAGGAAGAAGAUUGCGACCUGGUGGAUGAAUUAGACAAGAACUUCACUUCUCUUGCUCAUUCAGAGGCCUUGUUGUCUCUAACUGAACCAAACAAGAGGAAAGCUUUGAACGCUCUGGUGAACAAUAGUAAAUCAAAUGAAAAAAGUGAUAAAGAUAGCUUGUCUGCUACACCAACAAUGGAUAAAUCUGUAAAGGAAAAGCCAGAUGAAUAUGACCAACUUGUCAGACAAAUGGGAUUUGAAAUUUGUGCUCGCCCUUCAGAUAGACUGAAGACACCAGAGGAGAUUGCUCAGGAGGAAAGAGAACGUCUAGAGGAGUUGGAGGAACUACGGCAGAAGAGAAUGACUGCUGCUGAAGAUUCAAGUGAAGAAGAUGAUGAAGAUUCAGAAAAGCCAUCAGAACAGAAACAACGAUCUGUCUCUGGUGAUGACCUUGGUGAUUCUUUCUCUGUUGAUGAAGAAACUAUAACUAAAAAGGGUUUGAUUGAUUUGAUUCUUGAGAGAAAAGAUGAUGAAGAUUCUUCUGGUGAAGAUGAUGAUGGUGAGGAAGAUUCUGAUGAUUCAGAAAGCUCUGAAGAUCCUGAUGAAGGAACAGGAGACGAUCACAAAAAGGAUAUUACUUUGAAAGAUUGGGAACAGAGUGAUGAUGAUGAUAUCAGUGCAGGUUCAGAGGAUGAAGAUGAUGAGGACGAAGAAAGAGCCGCAGAAGAACUUGAUGAGAUAAAAGGAUUAAACUCUAGGAUUCAUAAAAAAGCAAAGAGAAAUGAUUCUGUUGAAAGUGUAAAGGGAGAUGAUGAUGCUUCGGAUGCUAAGAAGAUAGUUGUUGGAGAGAAGAUGUCGAAAGAGUUAGAGAUUCCUUAUAUAAUUGAAGCUCCAAAGACCUUUGAAGAAUUAUGUUCACUGGUGGAUAAACGUUCAAAUUCUGACAUUAUUUUAAUCAUCAAUCGGAUCCGGAAAAGCAAUGCAAUCAUACUUGCUGCAGAAAAUCGAAAGAAAGUGCAAGUAUUUUAUGGAGUAUUAUUGCAGUAUUUUGCUGUUUUGACAAAUAAGAAACCAUUGAAUGUUGAUUUGGUUAAUAUGCUGGUAAAACCAUUGAUAGAGAUAAGUAUGGAAAUCCCAUACUUUGCUGCAAUAUGUGCUCGUCGCAGAAUAGAAACCACUAGAAAGCAAUUUGUUGAGAGUAUAAAGAACGCAGAAAAUUGCAGUUGGCCUUCUUCAAAGACGCUAUGUCUCUUUCGAUUGUGGUCGAUGAUAUUUCCAUGUUCCGAUUUUAGACAUCCAGUUAUGACUCCGGUGGUACUAUUGAUGUGUGAAUAUCUGAUGCGUUGCCCAAUAACAUCUGGCCGGGAUAUUGCCAUUGGCUCUUUCUUAUGCUCUAUGCUUCUUUCUGUAUUUAAACAGUCUAAAAAAUUCUGUCCCGAAGCAAUAAUAUUUAUUCAAACUUUGCUCCUGGCAACAACUGAAAGUAAACAUAUCUCAUGUGAAGAUUCUCAGUUAUAUCAUCUUAUGGAACUAAAAGAUCUCAAGCCUCUAGUGCGCAUAAAUGAGUCAGUAGACAAGAUUAAUGCUCUGAAUUUCUUUAAGUUAAUAGACAUGCCGGAAGACUCUCCUUUCUUCACUACUGAUGAUUUCAGGGCUAGUGUAUUAGUUACUGUUGUUGAAACUAUACAAGGAUAUAUCAAUGCCUACAAAGAUUUGAAUUCAUUCCCGGAGAUAUUUCUACCAAUUUUGAAAUUAUUACUUGAGAUUGCCGAACAGAAAAAUAUGCCAAUUGUGUUACGAGACAAAGUUAAAGAUGUGGCUGAGCUGAUUAAAUUGAAAGCAGAUGAACAUCAUGCUUUGAGGCGACCACUUAAAAUGCGGAAACAAAAGCCAGUUCCAAUCAGAUUACUGAAUCCCAAGUUUGAGGAGAACCAUAUCAAGGGUGUAGAUUAUGAUGCUGAAUUGAAAAAAUUGAAGAGACUGUGGAAGCGGGAAUGUAAAGGGGAUGUUCGUGAAUUACGUAAAAGCAACUACGUCUUACUUGAGGUGAAGGAAAAAGAAAGGUCUUUACAAGAGAAAGCAAGAGCUGAGAAGUAUGGAAGGGCUAAAGCUUUCCUUCAAGAGCAAGAACAUGCUUUUAAAUCUGGACAACUAGGAAAAGGGAAGAAGAGAAGUAGAUAG